AUGGUCGCCAAUUUCCUUAGCACAGGCACUGUCCUGCUUCUUUCUGGCUUUGCAGCAGCCGCACCACAACUUCAUCCUGCGCCCUUUUCGCAUCCUCGACCAGGACCGGCACUGGGACGCUUUUCGAUCGACUUUCUUCCUGCUUUCAAGGCUCUCCAGUCCGCCGCAUCAGAUGUCGGUAGCACAUCAACGUUAGGUACAUCCGCAACCGGCACCAAGACAUCUGCCACAUCAUCCGGGGCAUCUUCGCCACAAGGCACAACGGUUGUGUCGACACAUAUAUCGACAGUUGCUGCUACAGUUACUGCUACGGUGACGAAAGUCGACACUGCGCAACACGGGACCGCCACUAUUAAUGUCAGUGGCAACACUCCAGCUUCGACAGGGCUAGCGACACAGAUCAAGCCAUCGCCUUCACCAUUCGGUGGUCCGGCGAGAGGGUCGUACCGUGGUCCAGCCUUUUUGCCUCCUGGCCACAGCCUAGCGCCAGGUCUUCCUCAAUGGCAAACCAACGGCAAUAGCCCACUUGGGACUUUCGAUGCUCCUCGCUUGCCCCCAUGGCUCAGCGGUCCUUUUGAAGGCGGUCAGUCACCUUGGGGUGGCAGAGACCCUUACAAUACCAACCCAUACAACAGCCCACCAGAGACCGGUGUGACCAGGAAGUACCAGUUCAACAUUGCUGAAGGCACAAUCGCACCUGACGGUGUUGAGCGAGCUGCUCUGUUGGUUAAUGGAGCAUUCCCUGGUCCGACGGUUGAGGCCAACUGGGGAGACUGGAUCGAGGUCGAAGUAACAAACAAUCUUCCAGUAGAAGGCACCACGAUCCACUGGCACGGUCUGCUCCAGACUGCUACUCCAUGGAUGGAUGGUAUUCCAGCUGUGAUGCAGUGUCCCAUCUCCCCUAAUGGCGGCACAUUCACCUACCGAUUCAAGGCUGAUCUGUAUGGUACAUCUUGGUGGCACGCCCAUUAUUCUGCGCAAUAUGCAGGUGGCAUCCUGGGUCCAAUGAUUAUUUACGGCCCACACGAUAGCAGCUACGAUGUCGAUCUUGGCCCUGUCCUGCUUUCCGACUGGUACCAUACCAGCUACUACGAUCUGGUCGAGCAGACAAUGGCUCCAAUUGCCGCGAACGCACUACCACCAAUCAGUCAGAACAACUUGAUCAACGGCAAGAUGAACUAUCCUUGCGCGAACGCUACAGGUCUGAAGUGCACGCCCAACGCCGGUAUCUCGAAGUUCAACGUCACUUCCGGCCAAAGCUACCGUCUGCGUCUCAUGAACACUGGAUCCGAGGGUAUUCAGAAGUUCAGCAUCGAUGGCGCUAAGUUGACUGUCAUUGCCAACGACUUCGUCCCAGUAACACCAUACGAUGUCGACGUGGUUACAUUGGCCAUCGGCCAGAGAUCGGACGUUAUCUUCAAGGCUAAUGGCAAGCCGACUGACGCAGUCUGGAUGCGUUCUACGCUUGGCCCUUCUGCGUUUGUCGGUGGCUGCACACUCAACGAUGGGAUCUCACCCGAGGCCGUUGCCGCGAUCUACUACCAACACGCAAACCAGUCUGCGAUCCCGACUACCAACUCCUCUAUCCCGCUCUCGGAGAUCCUACGUUGCCAGAAUGAUGAUUUGUCUAUGACUCAGCCCUCCUACUCGAUCACACCGCCUGUUGUACCGUCUACGACACAGGUUAUCAACAUCACCUAUCAAUCCAACGGAACGACGAAUCUGUUCUACAUGAACAACUCCACUUUCCGCGCCAACUACAACGACCCAGUGUUAUUGGACGCAAAGCUCGGCAAGACCGACUUUCCAGCAGAGUAUAAUGUCUACAAUUUUGGAUCUGCCUCUUCCGUUCGGUUUGUGGUCUACAAUUACGCUUUCACGGGCGCCCACCCAAUGCAUUUGCACGGCCACAACAUGUAUGUCCUUGCCACCGGCACCGGUACCUGGGAUGGAACAGUCGUCAACCCCGGCAAUCCUCAGAGGCGUGACGUCCAGCUCCUUCCCAACUCCGUUAGCCUGGGAGGUGACCCGGGAUUCAUGGUCAUCCAAUUCGACGCUGACAAUGCGGGUGUCUGGCCUUUCCACUGCCACAUUGCUUGGCAUGUAUCUGGCGGCCUCUACAUCAACGUUCUCGAAGGUCCCGAUGACAUCAAGAACAAGAUGCAAAUCCCUAGUACAAUGGCUCAGACAUGCCGUGACUGGAAUGGCUGGACAGACGGUGGCCAUGUCGUGCCCGAGAUCGAUUCUGGUCUCUAA